CAUCAUCUUCCUCUCCAUUCUUUUCUUCUCACCAAGAAAAUGGAGUCACUGUGCCUGAAGCACCUCAUCGUUGCCACCCAAAACACUCUUCCUGUCAGCUUCUCAACAAACCCAUUUCUCAUAACAAACAUUUUCCCUCAUUCCAGCCGCUCAAGCUUCAUUCUUUCCUCCAAAAGAUCCAACUUUCAAGAUUUUCAGGACUAUGUAAAACCAUCAAGGCUUUUGCCAGCUACAGAAGUGGAGUCUUGCCAAAAUUCCUCACUGGAGAAGGUGAUCACUUCUUUCAAUGACAAGUCGUUUGAGUGUUUAUACAUAGUUAAGCUACGGACAAGUAGCGUGUAUGGAUCAGAUCUGAGUGACGUGAAUUCUGGAGUGCUGCUUUGUCUUAUAGACGAAAACGGUGACUCCAUUUUGCGGAGGAUUUCACCUGGCUUGAUGAAUUACUACAAUUCCAAUGCCCACCAUUUCCAAAGAGGUUCAGUUGAUGAGUUCAUUUUCGAGGGACCCGAACUUGGGAAAAUCACAGCUGUUUGGAUUGGCCUAGAAUCAGGUCAGUGGAGACUUGGAGGCGUGAGCUUGACUGUGAUUUCUCAACAAAAAUCUGUUUCAGCGGAAAAUGAAAAGAAGUCCUUGCGCUAUAAAGGUUUUCAGUACAACUAUGACAUCGAGGACACCCUGCUCGGGGAGAACAGUGAUAUGUCAAUGGUGGAGCUCAGGUCUCGUGUAGUCACCGCGAUUUCUGAGAACAAUAUUAGUCUGCUAAGAGAAAACUCCUUUCCGUCUUCACUCAGCACCAGCAAUGUAUCAAACGAGGAAACGAUGAAGGAAUAUGCAGAUCUGAAAUUUUCUUUGUUACUCUACGAUGCGGCGCUGACUCUUACUGGAUCAUCACUCGCAUCCUUCUCAGCCGGUGAGAAGCCUGCACUUGCGUUCCUAGCGGGAGGGGUUAUAGGAUUCUUAUACUUGUCAUUGUUACAAAGGUCAGUCGACGGCAUCCCAUCUUCAGACUUGGUCACAAGAAAAAGCGGUGGGGAUAUCAACCGAACCUCCGGGGGACUCAAGUGUUCAGUGUCAAGUGUAAUAUUGGCUCUUGCCAUUACUGUCAUUGCUGCAAAAUAUGUUCUUGGAGAUGCUGCUAGGGUGUUGACACCAAUGGAGCUUUUGUUUGGAACCAUUGGAUUUCUCAUGUGUAAAGUUUCUGUGGUUUUAGCAGCAUUCAAACCCUUACCAACUGGUUUAAGAAACAAGUGACACAAUACAAUACUAUUGUACAGUUAUACCUCCAAGACACAAUUGAAAUGUAGUUAUUAGUUUUUUUGGGUGACUA